AUGUCGGCAUCAGAAGAUUUUGGGUGCUCAGGUUCAGUUGAUACCCAGUCAAAUUUCCCCGAGGAAUCUGAUGCCCCUAAAAAGAAAUCUAUAAGCUUGAAUGUGGAAGGUUUUGAUGGGUCUAUUGUGCCAAUACAGGCCUUUUCAUUGUCUAGGAUGUCACAUAUGCAGAGGAGGGAUUUGGAGAUGAAGUUGAAAAAUGAACUUGAACAAGUUAGGAAGCUUCAGAAGAAGAUAGCUUUGUUGAGCUCAAAUGCCACUAUUGAUAUGCAUUGUUAUGGUGAUGGCCCAAAGAGACCAGCCAAGGUGAAAAGUUGUCCGAUUUCUGUAAAUAAACUGACUGCUGCUUUGCCCGAGAUGAAAAAUAUUCCUCGGGGAAGAAAUACUCCCCACAUGAAGGGUGGGGCCAUGGCAGCUAGGCAGACUGAGUUGGAGAAGAAGCACGGUUUGCAGCAGAAUACCAAUUAUGUUAGGUUAAUGAAACAAUGUGAUGUCUUGUUAAAUCGGUUGAUGAAGCAGAAAAAUGCACCAAUCUUUAAUAGUCCGGUCGAUAUUAUAGCAUAUAAUAUUCCCGAUUACUUCAACGUCAUUAAGCAUCCAAUGGAUUUGGGGACUGUAAAAACUAAGUUACUUUCAGGGCGGUAUUCCAGUCCAGAGGGGUUUGCUGCAGAUGUGAGGCUAACUUUAAAAAACGCAAUGAUUUACAAUCCACCGGGACAUUAUGUCCAUCUCGCGGCCGAGAAGAUGAACAAAUUUUUUGAAGUGAGAUGGAAACAAAUUGAGAAGAAGAUUUCUGUAACAAUGGACGAAUCCAUGCUAUUAACAUCAAGUGCUAUAAUGGAAGCUAAAACUCCUUCCAAACCCCCUGCUAAGAAGCUGAAAAUCACUUCUGCUGAAAACAAGAUCAAGCAAGAAUCAGUUAAGCCUGUUAUGAGUAAUGUAGAGAUGCGAAAAUUGGCAGCAGAGUUGAAUCUGUUGCUGGAAGAAUUGCCAGAUAAUAUUAUUAAUUUCUUGAAAGAGAGCAGUUUUAAUGGAAGACAGGUGAAUGAGGGAGAGAUGACCAUUGAACUUGACACUUUUAGUGAUAAUAACCUGUUCAAGUUACGGAAACUUUUGGAUGACUACAUAGAGAAGAAGCAGAAAAAUCAAGCAAAAAUAUGGCGGUGCGAAACUGAGAUACGGAAUGAGUCAGGGUACAGCAAUCCAAAUGUGCAGCCUCGCAAAGGCGGUGAGCCAGCUGAGAGGGACGUGGAUAUUGCCAGAAAUGAUACAGCUACGUCAAGCUUUCCUCAUGUAGAUAUUGAUAAGGAUGCUGCCCGAAGGGAUUGUCAAUUCAGAAGUUCAAGUAGCUCCAGUAGUGAGUCAGGCUCUUCUUCUACUGAUUCCGACUCUGGAAAUUCUUCUGGCAGUGAAUCAGAUGGUGUGGAGGAUUCAGUUCCUGUAAAUUCUGCUAAGGAAACCGUAGUUUCUGGGGUAGAGAAGGAAAAUGAUCUCGGCGAUUUAAAUACUAGAGAUUUUUUGAAUGGGCAUGCUACACGAAAUUCCCCAACAAAAUCUGCCUCUGCUGAGCCUAACUGUUGCCAAGAGGGUGAGAGUGCUCCAUCUGAGAGGCAAGUCUCCCCUGAAACGCUUUUGGAUGACUAUGAAGGGAAGAAGCAGAAAAAUCUAGCAAAAAAUUGGCCAUACGAAAUUGAGAUGCGCAAUGAGUCAGGGUACAGCAAUUCAUAUGUGCAGCCUCGCCAAGAGAUUGAUAAGGAUGCAGCCCAAAGGGAUAGUCAAUGCAGAAGUUCAAGCAGCUCUAGUAGUGAUUCAGGCUCUUCUUCUACUACUGAUUCCGACUCUGAAAAUUCUUCUGGCAGUGAAUCAGAUAGUGUGGAGGAUUCAGUUCCUGCAAGUACUGCUAAGGAAAAUGUAGUUCCUUUGGCCGAGAAGGAAAAUGAUCUCGGUGAUGUAAAUACUAUAGAUUUUUUGAACGAGCGUACUGUGAGAAAUUCCCCGUCAAAAUCUGCCUCUGUUGAGCCUAUCUGUCACCAAGAGGGCAAGUGUGCUCCACCCGAGAGGCAAGUCUCCCCUGAAAAGUCUUACCGUGCAGCUCUGUUGAGAAGCCGAUUUGCAGACAUCAUAAUCAAAGCCAAAGAGAAUACAUUUGGAAAGGGUGAAAGACAGGAUCCUGAGAAAUUAAAGCUUGACAGAGAAGAGCGCGAAAGGUGGAGAAGAGAAGAGAAAGCUCGUAUAAUAGAAGAAGCCAAAGCAGCUGAAGUGGGUCGUAUUAAGGCUGAAGCAGAAGCUGCAGCGGAAGCUAGAAGGAAAGUAGAACUUGAAAGAGAAGCAGCACGUCAGGCACUAGAGAAGAUGGAGAAGACAGUUGAUAUUAACGACAAUAGUCUGUUUAUGGAAGAUCUGGAAAUGUUUAGAGCUUCUCCAGAUGUCAACUCACACGGCGUCAUAGAGGAGACGAACCUCGAUUACUCUCAAAAUGGUCUAGGCCGUUUCAAAUUUCGGUCGAGGAGUAAUCCCUGGGAACAACUUGGAUUGUACAUGAAGAUGGACGAGGAGGAGGAAGAUGAAGUCAAACCUCAAACCAUUCCAGAUGCGUUCCAUGAACCGAGAGGAGAGAUCGAUUGA